AUGUUUCACCAGGGCGACUUGCAGAGCGGCAUCUCGCUCGCUCUCCAGCAGGCCAAGUCGGUCGUUUGCUUUGUGCGAGACGCGAGUGAAGAGAGUGGGACAUGGGAGGACGAGUGGUUAAGCAGUGAACCACUUGCCACGCUCCUGGCCCAGAAGACGGUUGCCUUGCGCCUUGAAGCCGGGAGCCAGGAAGCCGGGUUCUUGUCCGCAUUCUGUCCAAUUCCGAAGACGCCUGCGCUCGUCGUCAUACAUAACGGACAAUUGAAGCUGUGCUUACUGGGAGAAGUCAGCCGCGAUGACUUCACCAGCAGAUUGAGAGCCGUAUUGGACCCAGACGUCGUAGAGCCGAGCUCAAACAUGACUGCAACGGAAGCUACGAUGGACAAUACACCGGACGAUGUUACGCCAGUACAACCUGAGUCCGACUCAAUAACGAACGAACCACCGGCUGCGCAAGCGACCACCCCACCCGCAAUCUCCCCGACUGAGACUUCUCCUUCUACAUCGAACCCAGCAGACUCGACUCAAAACGCUGCCACCUCCGAACCCAGAUCCAGUGCCGACCUCAAUUCACUCUUCCCCGACCGUGCGGCUCGCCUCGAGGCCGACCAUCAAGUAAGACAGGAAGCGGAGGCUGCCGCACGCGCUGCUAAGGCUGCUGGAAAGCGAAAGGCUGUUGACGAGGAAGUAGCUUCUGCGGGGUCGAAAGACUCUAAACAGCUUAGUUACGCAGCACAGGAAAAGAUACGCAAACAGGCUCAGCAGGACGAGCUCAACCGCAUUCUUCAGCGCGUGGAGGCUGACAAGCGAGAACGCAAGGAGCGGGAAGAGCUGCGCAAGCGGCAACGUGAAGCGGAGCUUCACGAGUUCGCAGGGGCGGAAUUCGCGGUUCCCAUGUCUCCAGUAUCAGAGACUGCAAAGAGGGCCUCGAUAUCUGGAGCAAGCCGGGGCCCAACCGCAAAAUCGGGCGACGUCUGCCUUCGCAUUCGCCUGCUCGACGGCAGCCAAGUUCGCGAGUACUUCUCGCCCACGGCCACGCUACAAGCGGAUGUACGCCCGCGCGUUGACUGGGCGCUCAGCAGCGGCCCAGGACCUUCCUCGUCCUCGAGCAAAGCCCCCUCGGCUCCGCCUUACUCAUUCAAACAUAUCCUUGCACCGCUCCCUAACCGAACCCUGAGCCCUUCAGACGAAACGAAACCACUUAACGAACUUCCGGAUAUCAUGCCAAGCGCGACCCUUGUCCUGGUUCCUGUCAAGAAUGCCGUUGGUGCUUACUCGGGCCUUGGUGGCGGGUACGUAGGCAGUAUCUACGUUGCAAUGGUCCAGCUAUACAACAUGUUUGCGGCGCUUCUGGCAACGUUCUUUGCGCCUUUUGCGAGGGGCAGAGGCGGUCAGGAAGGCGGCAGCGGCGAUGGUGGGGCUACAGUCGGUGGGGCACAAGACGGACAGGGGCAGGGGAAGAGCUCAGGCAGAGUAGGAGGGAGUACAGGGGCCAAUGGAAGUGGAAGUGGAAGCGGAAGUGGAAUUAGGAUCAGGACAUUGAGGGAUCAGGGUGAAAGGGGAAAUGAGUACUACAACGGAAAUAGCUUGGACUUCGAGCCGAAGAAGGAGAACAAGGAGGAUGAGAAGGACAAGUGA